CUCGCUCCCGCCUCACAAGCAAUCCUGUUCUUCCCUCUUUUCUCCAAUUCUCUCUCCUCUUCCCCUUCUCUUUCUCCUCCCACCUCUCCUCCUCCCUCUCCCUCCCCCUCCCCCUCUCCCUCUCCCUCUCGACAAUUCGUCUCCUCCGCCAUGACGAAUAUCCAUCCCGAGUCCCCAGAGGACUUCGAGUUCAUUGAAACUCCACCCGCCUCCUGCACGACUCCCGCCGAUGAUUGCGGUGUGCGGACUACCUCGUAUCCGGCCAUCAAAAAUGCCCCCGUCCCCGCGGAUUCUCAGGGUAGCGAUAGCUUCUCCAACACCCUCCUCUUCGCUCUCCUCAUCCUUGUCCCAUGGUACCUCGCCCGCCAGAUCGGUGGUGGUUUCUACACCACCAUCUUCUUCGCCAUCUUCACCACCGUCCCCAUUCUGAUGGGCUUCUGGUCCAUCGCCUCUUCCAUCUCUCCCCGCAAGAACGAAAAGGCCAAGUAUGCUGGUCGCCCCGUCGAGUACUACCUGAAUUUCCACAGCGAGCAUGAUCGUACUGCCUACCGUGGCAAGAGCAAGAUUCCCAUGGAGGUCUUCUACGAGAAGUACUUCAAUGGCGAGGUGGACUUCAAGUGUGAUGCCCUGGAGGCUCUGGAGUUCAGACACGACUGGGCCAACUUCCGCUUCACCAUGGGUCUCUACAAGCACUUCCUCUUCGGUUUCAUCCCCGAGAUGCUGAUGCACACCCGCUCCCAAGAUGAGGAGCAAGUUCGUGACCACUACGACCGCGGUGACGACUUCUACGCUUGGUUCUUGGGCCCCCGUAUGAUCUACACUUCCGGUAUCAUCAGCGACCCCAACAAGGAAGAGACUCUGGAGGAACUGCAGGACAACAAGCUGGCUGUGGUUUGCGAAAAGAUCGGCGUUAAGCCCGGUGACACUGUCCUUGAUCUCGGUUGUGGCUGGGGUACUCUGGCCAAGUAUGCUUCGGUUCACUAUGGCGCUCAGGUCACUGGUAUCACCUUGGGUCGCAACCAGACUGCCUGGGGUAACAAGGGUCUCCGCAAUGCCGGUGUUGAUGAGUCUCAGAGUCGUAUCCUGUGCCUUGAUUACCGUGACGCUCCUCGGGUUGAUGGCGGUUACAAGAAGAUCACUUGCCUUGAGAUGGCCGAGCACGUCGGUGUCCGUCACUUCACUUCCUUCCUCUCUCAGGUCUAUGACAUGCUGGACGACGAUGGUGUCUUCUUCCUGCAGAUCGCUGGUCUGCGCAAGUCUUGGCAGUACGAGGAUCUCAUCUGGGGUCUUUUCAUGAACAAAUACAUCUUCCCUGGCGCUGACGCUAGCACUCCCCUUGGCUUCGUUGUUGACAGACUGGAAGCUGCUGGUUUCGAAAUCAAGGCCAUUGACACUAUUGGUGUUCACUACUCUGCUACUCUCUGGCGCUGGUACCGGAACUGGAUGGGCAACCGUGACAAGGUUGAGGCCAAGUACGGCAAGAGAUGGUUCAGAAUCUGGGAAUACUUCUUGGCUUACUCCACCAUCACCUCCCGCCAGGGUGGUGCUACCUGCUGGCAGCUUACCCUCGUUAAGAACAUCAACUCUACCCACCGUGUUGAGGGUAUCCCCAGCCAGUAUGGUCUCAGCGGUGCCCGUGAGGCCGCCAUCACCCGUGCCGGCACCGGUGCUGUCCCCAAGGCUCACGUUCCUAACAAGGCUUAAAUGUACGCUUACGACAAUAUGCCGGUCGAAUAGGCGUCUUGACAUAUCCGACAGCCUAUAGCACUGAAUUACCGUCCAUCUAGAAGGCUGUUGCACUUUCUAAAACAUCGAUUCCAGUAAACGAACUGGAAGAUCUGGACAGUGGAAGUGAACAAAGGAGGAUGACAACGAUGUCUCAAUUUUUUCUUAUCUAAGGUAUGCCUGAAUGAGAGGAGUGGGAUUUCUUUUCUCAUAUGGAAAUGGAAAUGAACGACACAUUACUUUUUAUGUACAAUGUUUCUGACCUAUAUACUACUUCUUUUCACUUCUCCGAAAAGGCUGUAUGUAAUUGAUAGCAAUCAGAAUGAAAUCAUGUAAUAAUGAAAAUAGAAGAUGUGAUCUGCAGCGUCUACGUCCGUUGUGAUUGG